AUGACGACAUCAUUGGGGAAUUUUUCUAUUGAUCGAUUGAUUGAUCCUUCUCAGUUAACAAGGAAUCAUGUCAAGCUGACAACAAGUGAUAAUAGGGAAAGUGAGACAAAUUUAAUUUCGAACUGGUCAAAGGUUGACAAGUCAGUUUCAACAGCACCAACAACAACAAUGGCAACAAGCUUGACACUAUCAACAGAUAACAUUGUUCGGAAUGUAGCCCUAAUAGACGGUAUGUGUUCAGAGGAUCAACAGUACAGAUCAGUAAUAAAGAAUGAUAAAAUGAUGAAAUUACAACCAAGCGAUAACAGUACUCCUGUCAUUGGAGUGGGAAAUACAGGUGAUACCUCUUUGAAUUGGAUGAGCAGACGACAAAAUUACCAGUCGGAUGAUCCAUUGAAUACAGGUCAACAAUUACACAAAUCAGUUCACUCAAAUAUCGACAUUUCUUAUAAUCAUAAUGUAAUAGUAGCACAACAAGUUACUUCUUCCACUACUAAUAAUCCCAAAGGUAAUAUUGCUCAGAGUGUGGGAAAUAGUCAUGAUUUUGAUGACGAUAUGAUAGUAGAUGUGACGGUAGACGAGGAUGGUGAUGAUGAUGAUACGAAGACGAAUUCAGAGCAUAAUACAUCGGAUAAUACAACUACAGGCAAAACGUAUACAUGUCCAGAAUGCGGUAAAGUAUUUACAGCUCAUUACAAUUUAACAAGGCACAUGCCAAUUCAUACCGGUGCAAGACCUUUCAUUUGCAAGGUUUGUAACAAAGGCUUUCGUCAAGCCAGUACACUUUGUCGUCAUAAGAUAAUUCAUACAUCAGAAAAGCCACAUGUAUGCUGGGUUUGUGGGAAGGCCUUCAAUAGGAGCUCAACUUUGAACACUCACUCCCGAAUUCAUCAAGGCUAUAAACCAUUCACAUGUGAAGUAUGCGGUAAAGGGUUUCAUCAAAAAGGUAAUUACAAAAACCAUAAAUUAACUCACAGUACAGAGAAACAAUAUAAAUGUCAUAUAUGCCAUAAAGCAUUUCAUCAAAUCUACAAUCUUAGCUUUCAUAUGCAUACACAUCAAGCACAGAAACCAUAUAUAUGUAUUAUCUGUGAUAAAGGUUUUUGCCGCAAUUUUGACUUAAAAAAACAUAUGCGGAAACUACACCCAACUAGUGAUGGACAAUCCAGAUUGACAGAAGUUGAGAAUGGUAAUGCACUGACAGUUAACAUGACAAAUGACAAUAUCAGCAGGAACAUUAACAGUUAUUAUUCGCAAUACAGUGAAGGUAAGAAGACACAAAAAAUGAAGCCCAGUAUCUAUGUAAAUGGAAAUUACAUCAAUAGUGAUAAUUCUAUGGAAUAUGAUAGCAUGAAGCAAAUGAUUAAAUCCUUACCAUCGCAUAAAUCAACAUCUAUGCCAACAGUCUCCACAUCUCAACAACAGCCACAAAAUACAAUGGUUACUCGAUCUGCAGUGAGACGAAACGAUUUGAAUCCCUUCAAUUAUUUUGACGUUAAUACUGAUCCUUCGGUAAAUCAUAUAAAGAAGCCUUUUAACUUAAGCGCUUUAAAUUCAAAUAAUGUUUCUAUGACCUCGAUAAGAAAUAAAGUGAAUUCAACAAAUAUGAUAAAUGAUUUCGACGUUCAACUGUUCAAUGAACUCAUCUAUCAAUCUAUAAAUUGCAGUAAUGAUCAACCAUUCCAACAACAAAACCUUUUAAAUGAAGCGAAAACAAAUUUCAAUUUUUCAAUGAAAUAUUUGAAAAAUUUACAUCCGGAAACUCAAUUUAAACAACUUUUGGAGAAAAUAAUUCCAAAACAGUCACCUCCACUGGUGGAUAAACCUAAUUCUUGUACAGAUUUUCCACCUUCAGUAGUCCCACCAUUUUCCUCAACAUCCUGUUUACCACCAAUAUGUCCUUUAUAUUUAUCCUCAUCCUCCACUGAUUUAUUCCCAUUGGUAUCCAAAGUAGGACAAAUGAAAAUGGAAUUAUCAUCGAAUUACCCUCAUCUUCAAUGUCCGACUACCUUACAAUUAGAAAACUGUUCUAACGCAAAUAACACAAGCUUACCACUCCCUUCUUUCGUUGUCAAUAAUCGAAAUAUGCGGAAUUGUCAGGUGGAUACUAUUCAACAAAAUAUAGUAUCAAGAGUUCAGAAUAUACAUUCAGAUGUAUCAUUCAGUUCAAAUCUAAUUUCGUCUCAACCUUCAUCAGUUGUCAACUCAGAUAUAUUUCAGAAGUUUAUGCUUCAAGCUUGUUUAUCAUUAAACAGGCAACAAAUGUGA